AUGAGCAAAAACGACGUAGACGAGUGCAUGUCAGACCGAUGUUGUUGCAGAUUAAUAAUAAAGAAAUGCAAUGAAAAGCCGGUCUCGUCAGCAGUUUUGAAAUUACGCGACGGACGUGACGAACGUGCUAAAAACUCUGAAAUGAGCCUAUGCGAUUUCUUAAAGUCACAGCCGGUGUCGGACUGGAUAAAAGCUCUACAAGACAACCGUGUAGGGAUAAAAGACUCGGAUGACAAGCGGAAGAGCCCGGGAGAGCCGGUCACGGCACGAGGUCCGGUAAAACGUGUUUGUCAACAACCACCAUCCGCCGACCGCGUAGGGAAGCAGCAUCCUCAGCUUCAUCACCGAGAUAUCAAGCAGAAUCUGCAGGUCCAGCCCCCGGCUGGUGUUCCGGAAGAUCGGGCCAUGUCACAGAUCAUCAUCAACAUCGGUACGAUAAUAACUGAUAGAGUCUAUAAGCGGGACUCAUACCAGCAGACCGAUCCGGAAGUCCGGACUACUGUCAGUCCAUCGCCGCCAGCCGACCACCCGACCUGUGACUGUCCCCCAGUCGAGCGUCCAACUUCUAACUAUCCACCGGCCAAAAAAUCCACCUCCAUUUGUCCACCGGUUGAACGUCCGACUUCCGUUUGUCCACCGGUCGAGCGUCCAACUUCUAUCUGUCCGGCGGCCGAAAAACCCACUUCCGUCUGUCCACCGGUCGAUCGUCCGACUUCUGUUUGUCCACCGGUCGAGCGUCCAACUUCUAACUAUCCACCGGCCAAAAAACCCACCUCCAUUUGUCCACCGGUUGAACGUCCGACUUCCGUUUGUCCACCGGUCGAGCGUCCAACUUCUAUCUGUCCGGCAGCCGAAAAACCCACUUCCGUCUGUUCGCCGGCCAAACGUCCGACCGCCGCUAUAGCCCCCAUAGUUCGUACACCAGGUGUUGAAUCUGUUCCGGUGGCACGGGACCGUACUUGUCGGUACCAGGGUAACGCACCGUCCACUGUUCCGACUAUGGAAAAGAAACCAGGUUUGGAGUCCGAAAUUAAGUGGAAGAUGAAUUGUUGUUGCACCUGCCACUCAAACGUCUGCUCACCGUAG